CAAAGCAUUGAAUCAGAAAAUAAUAUACCCUGGAAAUCCAAUCUCUUGAAAAAGAAAUAUUUUUCUUACUUCUACUAAAUUGUUGUCAACCCUAAAGCGUUUUCUAGUGUUCACAGUCAUCUAAAAAUACAUCUUAGUAAUAAUAUUAUGGUGUUUGAACCCUAACCAUAGCGUAAAAUGCUACUUGUCUUCUAAUUGGUUCCUCUAUCUAUCAGAUUCAUGCCAAUUAUUUAAUAUACAGUGAGACUCACUUUUUACGUUACCGCUUCUUGAAACUGAAGCUAGCUUACAGAUUUCAGUCUCCCCUCUUCUCACAUGCAGGUUUUCGCAUAAAUGUGUGAUUUUCUCUAUGUGUACUGAUGAUCAGAUAGUUCCAACUUGGGAGCAUUAUAUUCAGUAAAUUCAACUCGCUCUAUGCUUAAAUUCAAAAUUAUAUGAAUAUCUCUUAAACGGGUCAAUAUACCUAUAUUUAAUGGGUUAAUUUAGGUAAUAAAGAUCAAAAUGUUGCACGUACGUACAUACCGAACAGUAAACAGUUUGCACCUAGAAUGUUUUACUGUGUGAUAGGACUAUCUAUUUUAUUGGUGUUAUCCCAGUGUCACUGUAAUACUUUAACUUCUAAGAAUUUUAUAUUGAGGUCACAAAUUGAUUUAAGGUAGGAAAGCAUUUGUAACUCGAAAGCACUGAGAAGUUUUUUCGUCCCAGCAUGGAACUCCUCAGCAGUGUUCAUCCAUGACCUCACAGCUGGAAAUCAAAGUAAAUACCUUCGAUCUUACAUGGUAGCACUAAACCACUAAGCCAGUAUACGACGGUGUAAAUGUCUAGCUCCUACCAAUCCAUGAUAUUGAACAACCAUCUUCCAUUUUUUUGGGCGGAUAACUUCCUCAUACCCAACGUCGUUUUGUUUCACUGGUUACGCUCUUUCAAUAGAAAUCUGGAGAAUCCCUCUCAAAGCUAGCUACUGGUGAAUACAUGAUAAUUAUUGUGUUGUAAUGACUGUUGAAUUAUAGUGAGAAUGGGAGUCAAAUUUGUUUUUUACUCUUAUAGCUCGAUCCUUCCUAUCACUAUUUCCCAUUUCUUCCAUUUUUUUAUUCUACUUAGAACUGGGUAUUGAUGGCUUAGCUCAUACACGUGAUUUUAUUAAACAAGCACAUGAUGAUAUUCUUCAUGUAUCACAUCAAUCAAUUAAUCAUGAGUGCCUCAAUAAUUCCAACAAUAUCAGCACCAAUAAUAAGAACACUCCAGUGGAUCUUAAAAGAACUUCAGAUGAUUGUUCUACCACAAGUAAUGAUACUAUCCCAUUGACACCGAAUAAUAUACUACGUGAAGCGUACUUAAAGUUAUUGACAUGGCCACGUGAUCGUGAUUGGCCUGAAACAAUGCUUAUGGAUCAGUAUCGUCUUAUAGAUUUAGGCAAUCAAUUAAUUAUUAUUGUCAAUUUAACAUCUCUUGUUCUAGUUGUAUGUAAUUAUAUAGCUUCGAAUUUAUCAACAUUCACUACGACUGGAUUGUCUUCACCGAGUGCAAAAAAACCUAUUUUGUCAAUUCCACUUGAAACUAGUCUACCACAUGAUGCAAUGAUACAAUUGAAAAAAUCUAUUUGUCAAGAUGUUGCACCAAUAUUACAUGGAAUCUGUUUAAAUUAUAAACCUGAUCAAUUAGUUGAUGAUAUAAUUGAACAAGUUAUAUUAACAAUUGAAUUAUGGUAUAAUCGAUGUAUACAAUCUUGUAAUCUAGUUACAUCAUCAUCUAACUUAUCACCAUUAACUGAGCCUAAUUCAUCAUCACGUACAACUGCUUAUAUGACAGAUUAUGGACGUAAUGAAUUAAGCUUACAAUUAACUUCAGUUAUUGUCAGUGAACAUCCUGUGUAUAAACUGAUGUAUAAACGAGCUAUGGAUUUUCUACGUUCUGCAUUAUCAUCCUAUCCUCCUGAACCAUUGCCAUUACCUCCAGGUUUUAGUGUUCUAUUAGAUCUUGAUCAACAUAAACUCAGUUCUUCCACUAGCGGAAAUGAGACUACUGUCAACUCUGUUGGGUAUUUACGAAAACCUCCGUUAAAUAUCCCAACAACAAUGAUGUCAGGUGGUAGUAGCAGUAAUAGUACUACUACCACUGGGUUACUUUUUCAUCCUUCCCCUUCUAGUCCACGACAAGAAUCAAUCAAUAGUUUGAAAACUUCUAAAUUUGAAAUAUUAAGUUUAUCUGAUUUAGCAAGUCGUCUUCUUCCAUUAUUAGCGCAUAAUCGUCAUGUAUUUGGUUCAUAUUAUGCUGAAAUUAUUCAACCUUUACUUAUGCCUGAAAUUCAAAAACUUUCUAAUACUAAUAAUGAAAAGUAAAUUCAUAUAUCAUCUUUUAUAUAUAUAUAUUGUCAUUGUUCUGAAAUGUAGACAACAACUGAGGAUAUCCAUUGUACAUUAAAAGAACAAACAAACUACUAUCCGUAUUAUUAUGAUUACUAUUUUGAUUAGCAUCAACAGUAGUAAUAGUUUGUUGAGUUUCCCUCUUUUUUUUACACUAACAAUCAAUUUUCUAUUUCAUUGUCCAACUGUCUCCCUCCCAUCUCAUAGGUCUCCCUUUUCUUUUUCUAUAAAGAGAACAAUAAAAAUAUCCUUAUUACACUAUCCUUACUUAUGUGUUCUCCACUACUUAGACAUAGUUGGUUUUCCUUCUCUACCUGUGUGUGUGCGUGUGUAGACGUGAUUGAUGCUUCUUUCAAAAAAUAUAUAAACAUUACCUUUUGCAUCAUUAUACUAUUUAACUAAAUCAAUGUCUUAUCUAAAUACUUACUUACUUACCUACGCCUGUUACCCCUCGUGGAGGAGCAUAGGCCUCUCACUUAAUGAUAAAAGCUGUAGUCGAUAUGAACUUUAAUUCUUCUUUUUGUUGUUGUUGUUAUUGUUGUUUAUUUCCACUUAUAGAUUACGUAAAUGAUUGCGUUCUAAGUAAAUUUUUCAAUUGUGGAAAAUAAGAAAAGAAAUCUAGUUUGUUUCACAUAUUAGUUUAGUGCAUUUGUGUAUCUUCUUUCUUUUUCUCAAUUUUAAUUCUGGUUUUUCUUUUUUGAUAUUCAUCUUGUUGUUUGUUUGUUUGUUUUCUACUGAUUAUCUUUCUUUGUUUUGUAUAUAAUACUUAAUUCUCAAUUUUCAUUCAAAUUGAUUCAUGUACUUACUUACUCCUGUUGCCCCUCAUCGAGGAGUAUAGACCGCCCAUCAGCAUUCUCUAUCCAACCUUGUCCUGGACAAUCCUUUUCAGUUUGUUAUUCAUCCUUAUCAUAUCUGUUUCUAUUUCCAAAUGAAUGAAUGUACACUAAGAAAAUGACAUUACCAUUAUUAUUAAUAAUAAUAGUAGUACAAAUAGGUUGUUUAAUAUGCCUUAUAAUUCUAUUGCUUCCCUUUAUUUUAAUAAUAAUCAUCAUAAUAGAAUUUUUUAUGACGUAUAUUUCACUUAUUUCUUAUUGGUUAUUUAUCAACAUUUACAUAUUUGUUACUUAAUUGUGAUUGGUUAAUUUUUGAACAAACACAUUUGAUUGGAUGUUGUUUUAAAUGUGUGUGCGUGUUUUUAUUUAUUCAAGUGCAUUUGCAUGUAUUUAGAUUUAUUUUGACUGAUCUAUCCAAGUCUACAUUAAAAUGUAAAUAAAUAAGAAUUCAAUUAAAGAUAGAAUAUUC